AUGGCAGCAAGACAAAGGAAGUUACAAGAAAGGGGUGAAUCAAAUGUGACAAUUCAGGAAGAGGUUAUGGAAGAAAAUCACAGACCCCCACCACAGAGGACAUUGGGAGAUUACAUGACUCCCACUGUAAUUCCACCGAUUGGGAGUGUUGUUAGACCCAAUAUGGAACCUAACAACUUUGAGUUGAAACCUGCAUUAAUUAAUGGUGUGACUAGAGAUGCUAUCUUGUUAAGAUUGUUCACUCAUUCACUGAAGGAUGAUGCGAGAAGAUGGGCGAAAUUGAAGGAUGAUAUCACAGGGUUCAAACAAAAAGAAUCAGAGUCUAUCUAUGAAGCUUGGGAAAGAUUCAAAACACUCUUGAGGAAAAGUCCACAACAUGGAGUCGAAGUGUGGAAUCAAGCAGCAAUAUUUCUCCAAGGGUUGACAACCAACACAAGAACAUUGGUGAAUGCCACAGCUGGUGGUUCAUUAACAACCAAGACUCCUCAGGAAGCCCUUGACAUAUUUGAAUCUCUAGCAUCUCAAGAAUUUGACAAUGCUCCAGUGAAUGACAGAAGAACAGGAGUUAUAAAACUUGAUGGAUAUGAUGCUUUGUUAGCCAAGAAUGAUCAGAUGAUGCAAAUGCAAAAACAACAACAACAACAGUUGGAUGCUCUCACUAAGCAGCUAUCCUCUAAAAAUGUUGCUUCUGUGGACACUAAUUCUGUGUGUGCAAUUUGUGGAAAAGGCCAUGUUACAGAAUAUUGUGAUUAUGGGGGACCUGCAGAACAAGCAGAAGUGAAUGGGGUAUGGUAUGAUCAGAGGAACCAUAACAACCAGGGGAGAAAUUUGUAUGUUCCACCAUGGAAGAAUAGAAAUCAACACCCAAGGUUCAGUUAUAGUUCUAAUUAUCAGUUGAAUCCUCCACUGCAUCCUCCUCCACCACAUUCGUCUCAACAAGGUGAUACCUCUGCAUGGGAGAAAGCUUUUGCACAGUUAUCUAAGACCACUACAGAAUAUAUUCAGGGUUCAAAUUCUUUCAGAGAAGAAACUUUUGCAUUCAUGCAAGAGACAAAAACAUCAUUCAGGAACCACGAAGCAUCAAUCCGGAAUUUAGAGACCCAAAUUGGUCAGUUGUCCAGACAAAUAUCUGAGAGAUCACAGGGAAAGUUCCCUGGUGAUACACGGGUGAAUCCAAAGGAGCAUUGCAACUCCAUUACUACAAGAAGUGGGCUUGUGCUUCAACCGGAAGAUAAGAAAGAAGAUGAAGUAGUUGUUGAAAACAAUUCUUCACCUAAGAAGUUGAUGAAGUGGGAAAAGAAGAAAAUGGCUGACAAGCAAGACAAGCCAAUUAGUCUAUCUCCACAUGCAAAAGUUCCAUAUCCUCAGAGGUUGAAGCAAGAAAUUCAGAAACAACAUUAUGCAAGCCUUGGAAAACAUGCCCCACUAUGCAAAAUUUAUGAAGGAUCUUUUGUUGAAAAAGAAGAAGUUGAAAGAUUGUGA